GCCCCUCCAGAGGCGUUCUCCACCCGCGCGGACCUGAAUGGCCUUCGGCGACGGUGCCUACCUGAAGGAGUUGGCGGUUGCUCGACGCCGCCAGCCCCGGUGACUCGCCCUCCCUCGGCCGGAAACCUUCCGCCUGGGCCUACGCGGGAGGAGCGGGGCCUCCGAGGGGAGCGGCGACUCCGCCGGCCCCCGUCUCUUUCCCUGGCGGCGGCGGCUUCUUCCGUGGGACAAUAUGUUCAAGAGAAUGGCCGAAUUUGGGCCUGACUCCGGCGGGAGAGUGAAGGGGGUUACUAUCGUUAAACCAAUAGUUUUUGGUAAUGUUGCUCGAUAUUUUGGAAAGAAAAGAGAAGAAGAUGGGCACACCCAUCAGUGGACAGUAUAUGUAAAACCAUAUAGAAAUGAGGAUAUGUCAGCAUAUGUGAAGAAAAUCCAGUUUAAGUUACAUGAAAGCUAUGGCAAUCCUUUAAGAGUUGUUACUAAGCCUCCAUAUGAAAUAACUGAAACAGGAUGGGGUGAAUUUGAAAUAAUCAUCAAAAUAUUUUUCAUUGACCCUAAUGAAAGACCUGUAACCUUGUAUCAUUUAUUAAAGCUAUUUCAAUCAGACACCAAUGCAAUGCUGGGAAAAAAGACAGUGGUUUCAGAGUUCUAUGAUGAAAUGAUAUUUCAAGACCCAACAGCAAUGAUGCAACAAUUAUUAACAACAUCUCGUCAGCUGACAUUAGGAGCCUAUAAGCAUGAAACAGAAUUUGCAGAACUUGAAGUGAAAACCAGAGAAAAAUUAGAAGCUGCCAAGAAAAAAACAAGCUUUGAAAUUGCAGAACUUAAAGAAAGAUUAAAAGCAAGUCGUGAAACUAUAAAUUGUUUAAAAAAUGAAAUCAGGAAACUCGAAGAAGAUGAUCAGACAAAAGACAUAUAAACAGUUCUGAAGAGAACUUGGUAGUAAGCUAAACUGAAAAUAAGGUGGACUUUAAUGGAGAAAUGGACUUAAUCCAAAUACUGUGAUGUAGAGGAACUGCAUAUGUAUUGUUGACCAUGGAUUGAUUUCUCAGCAAUGGGGUCAAGGUAUUUGUACUAUUCAAAUAAUCUUUAAUGGGAAAUAUAUGUGUAUAAUGAGAAUGGAUGCUGUAUAGUAAUUUUACCAACCCAUUUUAGGGAAAUUCUAUGAUGUUAAGCACAAUUUUUAAAAAACUUUUUAUCGCAGUAUACGUGUAGCUUAUUAUUCUUUUGACAGGCAUUAGAACUUCAUUAUAAAGUAUAACUUGUACAAAUUUUAUACUUCUCUAGUAGUUAGAAUUAGAGAUAAAAUUAAUGUGUAUAUUUAAUUUCUUCAAGUUAUUACCUGUCCCCAUUCUACCUCUUUUAUACAUGAUGUGUUCAGUAUGCAUUCAAUAAAUGUAGUUUACAGAUCCUG